AUGCGGAAGUUGUUGGCGACAAUUCUGGUUGAUGUUGCGGUGGUUGCGGUGGUUGUGGCUGCAACUCGAGCCGAAACGGCUGACUAUGGGCCUUGUAUCAUUGGCCGGGACUCGUCGUGCAACGAAAGACAAUGGCGGAGGCCAGGAGGCUGGAACAAUUUGAAUAAUCCUCCAGCAGCACCCAGCCCUGAUCAGCUAACUCCUACUCUUGAUUCCGCGGAGUACGUUCAUGAUAUUCCAGAAAUAGAACCAUCAUCCCACGUAGGCCUAUGA